ACCACCUCGCAAAAAAUAAAUAAAUAAAUAAAAAAAUCCCCUCGCCACCAGCACACACAAACUCGCAGCUUCCUCACCGGCUUUCUACCAUCAACACUUCCUUGCCAAUUGCCAUCACCUCCUGCUCUGCGGAUCUUCUCUUAGCAAGGUCUCCCACCGAUCACCGCCUGCGCUAACCUGAUGGCCCGCUUCGCCGUCGUCGCCGCCAUCGUUGCCCUCCUGGCCGUCACCGCCGCCGCGCAGGCCCCCGGAGCGGCGCCCAGGAUGGCGCCUCUCCCCGCACCGCCGGCGAGGUCCCCGGCCACCGCCCCUGCGCCGGUCGCCACGCCGCCCACCGCCGCGUCGCCGUCCCCGAUGGCCUCUCCCCCGGCCCCGCCCACCGACGCCCCGACCGGCGCUCCCUCCGCGAUGACCCCCUCCGCGGUCUCCGGCACACCCGUGGGCGCACCUGCCGGCGCACCCAGCGGCACCCCCGCCAGCUCCGCCGUAUACACCUCCUCCGUCAGCUUCGUCGCCGUCGCCGGCGCGGUCGCCGCUGCCAUCGUGUUCUAGACGGAGCGAGACUCUGCUCUCGGGACUCUGUUUUCGCGUUGUUUAUACUGCGAGAUUCUUUCCAUGAUUCUUUGUUGGACGGACUGAGGAGAGGUUGAUACAUACCACCAUGCGAUGUAAUGUUGUUACGGAUGCAUGAGAUUAUUAUGAAUACAAAUUCGUUUAUUCGUUACCUUACCA